AUGGGUACGCCAAGCAUGUCCCCGGGUGUUGCAUGCAUAGAGAGGCGCCCCGUCACUGGUUCUCACUGUAUGAUACGGUGGUGCAUGCCUAACACAUCAGCAUAUGAUACGGUGGCGUCGUUGCCAAGCUGUAGUUUAGUGUCCCCGUCACCUCCAACCCCGGACGUGGAAACAAUUCAAGCUGCUCGAGACCGACUCAUGCGCGACCAAGUUUCCCGAGUCGGCUUCCGAGUCAUCGGACAACUAUGGUCCAGGGCUCCAGGCCCUGUCCGACUACCACUCAGGCUCAAGAAUACCGCCUCUGUUUACCUGACGACGGUCUCAAGACUUAUUGCCAUCUACUCUAGAGGAGGAAGAGGAAGUCCCUCUGGCAGGCGCCCAACGAGACUUAGUCCUUACCGCUACGUCACAAGGGAAGAUCAUACACCGCUGCAGCAGAAGCACAUCAGUUCACUACGCGAUCCUUUCCUUGGGCGUUCACUCCACUCGAGCCGCUCUCCCAGCCUCCCGUCCCCAAAUCGCCCGCCUUCCCAAACCCUAGCCACCGACGCGCCCCCGCCGCCACCACCGCCACCGGAUCCGGAGGUUCUGAUCGACGAGCUUGUGGAAGAGUUCCUUCUCCGCCUUUCACCGGAGGACCCCGCGCUCCUCGCUCGCGCGGCCCUCGUCAGCAGGCAGUGGUACCGCGUCGUCACCGGCCCCUCCUUCCGCCGUAGAUUCCGUGAGUUGUACCGCUCGACACCAUUGCUGGGCUACGUCCUCAAUCUCGCCGACUCCAUCCGCUUCGUCCCUCUGUCAUCAUUUCGCCCGCCCCGUACACGCCGCCGCGGUGUGCGAGCGGUCAGCUCAAGCCAUGGUCGCGUCCUCCUCCAUCGUUUAUCCGGGGAGGAUCUGGUUGCCCCUGGUUUCCCCGUGAAGGAUGUGGAUGUCCUCCUCUCCGUGUGGCAUCCCAUCACGGACGAGCAGCAGGACCUGCCCGUGGUGCCACUGCGGCCGACCCGAUACCCGAACAUGGCUAACUGGGACGCGGCCGUCAUCUACUCUGGAGGCGACGGCUGCGACCAUCUCCACUGCCAUUUCAAGGUAGUCUUCGUGGGAAAUUGUGAAGACAGGAAUUUCUCUUGUUUCUACUCAUCCGAGGCUGGUAGCUGGAGUGAUCCCGUCUUUGCUGCGGAGGAGUCCGAGAAUUUUUUUUUUGUCCCAGGGAAAUGUAUCCCCAUUGGCACUGCCCUCUACACCACGUGUAUAUGUACCAAUGAAAUCCUCAAGUAUGACUUGCGGACACAUCAAAUGUGUAAUAUUACCAUAACAAUAGGACCUGGUGUCCCACCCGACAUCAUGGAACAUAGCUCUAGGCUUAUUGCUGCAGAGGAUGGUAGGCUAGGAUUUGCCAGGGCAAGCAAUUCAACACUUGGCCUGUGGCUAAGGGAGAAUGGGAGAUUGGAAGAAAGCAGAGCCAUUGACCUUCACAUUCUACUCCCAGCUGAUGCCCUGCCUGAUCUGGUACUAGAAUCAUCUGAAGCCAUCCUAGCCAAACCUUUGGUGAUCGCCUUUGCAGAUACUGGAGCUGGUGUCAUUUUCUUAUGGACACGUGCUGGGUAUUUCACCAUCGAUCUGAAGUCUGGGAGUUGCAAAAAGGUAGGGGAGGUCUCCUCGGGUCGCGUUGUUCCCUAUGUGAGCUUCUGCACUCCAGCACCGGGAGCAGUCUCCACUGAUGAUACACCAGAAACUGGUGUUGCCAUUUCUACAUAUGAGGCGUGGGGGAGGGGGGGGCGCCAGCUCGUCGCGCUCGAAAACACAAGACCGAAUCUUUGA